GUUUCUUUGUCAUCAGGUCUGCUAAAAAAUGACAGAAUAUAAACUUGUUGUCGUUGGAGCUGGUGGUGUAGGCAAGAGUGCCUUGACAAUACAGCUAAUUCAGAAUCACUUUGUGGAUGAAUAUGACCCUACAAUAGAGGAUUCCUACAGGAAGCAAGUAGUAAUUGAUGGAGAAACCUGUCUCUUGGAUAUUCUUGAUACAGCAGGUCAAGAAGAAUACAGUGCAAUGAGGGACCAAUAUAUGAGAACAGGGGAAGGUUUCCUGUGUGUAUUUGCGAUAAACAAUACAAAGUCUUUUGAAGAUAUUCACCAUUAUAGGGAACAAAUAAAGAGAGUUAAAGACUCUGAAGAUGUUCCAAUGGUGCUAGUAGGAAACAAAUGUGAUUUGCCUUCCAGAACAGUAGAUACAAAACAGGCUCAGGAUUUAGCAAGAAGUUAUGGAAUUCCUUUCAUUGAAACAUCAGCAAAGACAAGACAGGGUGUUGAUGAUGCCUUCUAUACAUUAGUUCGAGAAAUCAGAAAACACAAAGAGAAGAUGAGCAAAGAUGGUAAAAAGAAGAAAAAGAAGACAAAGACAAAGUGUAUAAUUAUAACACACCUGGAUGCUGUCUGUUCUGAUAGCAACUACUAAAUGAACAUGUGAAUCACUUACUGCGUUAAUGCAUUAAAUUGCCAUGUGUCAGGGAGUAACACCUUCUUACAGUAGCUUUAUGUAACUCUGGUAAACAACUUUAUGAAUUAAGAAUUGAAUUCUUCUGACCAGUCUCAUUACCCUAAAAUUUUUGCUAACUUAAAAGUUUCACUGUAUAGAUUUUGUUAGAAUAACAGAAUCUCUGUAAUGGGUCAAUACUGACACACAAUCUUCUGCUUGUCUAUACUAUGAAGCAAUACAAUUAUUACCUUCAAAGACCAUCAACCUGUAAAGAAAUCAUUUUGUCUCAAGUUUACAUAAAGCUACAUAGAUGGUAAAUCUUUCCUAACAUUUCUUUAUUCCACUGUCUUGUGUUUUCAUGUUGAAAAUACUUCUGCUUUUUCCUCUUGAGUGCCAACUUCUUACUAGAACGACUUCUUAAUGUAAUAUGUUUACCUGGAAUGUAUUUUAACUAUUUUUGUAUAGUGUAAACUGAAACAUGCACAUUUUGUACAUUGUGCUUUAUUUGAUGUGGAACAUAUGCAGUGUGAUCCAGUUUUUCCAUCAUUUGGUUGCGUGACCUAGGAAUGUUGGUCAUACCAGACAUUAAGUUAAAAAAAGAAAAAAAAAGACCACUGUUUGUUUUUAAAUUUUUAAUGUUUUUAGGAGUAUGUGCUGUGAGGUGAUCUGGAAUUUGUCAUUUUUUUUGUCAAACUGUACUGCUCCUAUUUAUUGUAAUGUAAUAAAAAAUAGUUAUUGUGAGUUGCUGUCCCAGUUUGCUUUUUCUCUCCAAGAAUUUCAGUGCCUCAACUCUGAAUUGCGUGUGUUUGGCAGUUGUUCUCGGUUUAUUUCUUGUACUUCUCGUUGUCUGUCACAAAGCUGUAGGCUUGUUGUCUGUCACAAAGGGUAGGUUAAAUUUUGUAUAUAGAGGUAUUUGUUCAGAAUAGGUUUAAUGACAACAUAUUGUAGAGGAGUUAAGUUGAUACGGAAGGACUUUCUCAAAACACUGUGGUGCUGGAAACUGAAGCACAUACGUUUCAUCACAAGGUACUGCGCUGCCUAAUUUCCCAUCCUUUUUAAAAAUUCUAUUCUGGAAUUAACAUGUGCGAAGACUUGCUAUUGCCAACAGUUGUACUGCAGUGAUUACGUACGUACCUAUAUUUCAAAGAUUAUUUCUGUUCUAUCUCCAGUGUCAUUUAGUUCUUGGGGGGGUUGGGCAGAAACACCAACUAACCCUGGUAUGUGCAGUGUAUCAGUUCUGGCACAAGUUUGUGCCAGUCGAGCCAAGGUCUACAGAGUUAGCCAUGGAGCAAACAUCCAUAGUCAAACUUCUCUUCCAGGGGAAAGGCUCAAGUUCUAUAUUCCUGCUAUAGCAGUUACACAACAUCAGAAAUCAGUACUAGCAGGAAUUGUCUUCAGUGCUUAGACCGCUGAUGUUACAAUUCACCCCCUUCCUGACCCUGUAGCGUUCUCUGUAACACAGCACCUCCGCCAGCCUACCAGCGGGACUCUUGCACGUGGGGCAGAUGUAGUCAAAACCUUUUAAGAACUUACUUUUGAGAAGGUGCUCAUUUACGGUGAAAAUGAAUCAUUAAAUGUGGAAGACUUUCAAAACCAGAUUAAUCUUCCAGGUAACAAGAGAAGUGUAGCGCCUUGAAUCAGCGUUCAAACACACAGCUAUUGGGUAAAUGUAAGAGCAGGUAUCUGUUCAACAUCCAUAUCAAAGUGAAGCAGAACAGAAUCUUAUUACCACUACUUCCUGCAAAAUUGUUUUUAGACAUAAAGUUUUAGUUCAAGGAGGUCAAAAGUAGUUGAGAAAAACCUAUAACCCAUAUAAUACAAAACCCAAAU